AUUUGAAAGAAAAACAUUAAAAUAAAUUUUAUUAAAUUUUUAUAAAAAUGAAUUACAGUGCAGUAAUAGUUUUGGCCUUAUUUUUCAUGUGCUCGGCUCAAGCACAAUGUCCCAGUGUUUGCCCUGCUAUAUAUCAGCCCACUUGUGGUUUUAAUGGACGCUGCUACAAGCAGUUUAGCAAUGCAUGUCAAAUGAAUGUGGCAAAUUGCCAAAACAGGGCCAAUUUCAGACAAGUCGGUUUAACAAGGUGCUCUGGAAGUGGAUCAAAGAAAUGUUAACUUAAAAAUUUUGUAAACAUGGAUAAAAAUAAAAAUACAUGCAAUUAA